AUGGCGACAAAUGAUAUAAAUCUUAUUGGAGCUCGUCUACGUAACAUGUCAGUAGAGAAGAAAUCAUCAACGAUUAAAGUACACUCAGCUUCGCUAAGCACAUUAAGUUUUGAUGCAGAUAAGGUAUACAUAUCAUUUCAUGAUGAGCAAUGGGGAGUUCCUGUUUAUGAUGACAACCAAUUGUUCGAGCUGCUUGCGUUGUCUGGUAUGCUGAUGGAUUACAACUGGACAGAGAUUUUGAAAAGAAAGGAGCUAUACAGAGAAGCAUUCUCUGGUUUUGAUCCUGAAAUUGUUGCUAAAAUGGGGGAUAAAGAAAUAAAUGAGAUAUCAUCAAACAAAGCAAUCAUGUUGGCAGAGAGCAGAGUAAGGUGCAUAAUAGACAAUGCCAAAUGUAUACUGAAGGUUGUGAGGGAAUAUGGAUCUUUCAGCAGCUUCAUGUGGGGUUAUGUGAAUUAUAAACCUACCAUCAACAAAUUCAAGUACCCUAGAAAUGUUACUCUUAGAACUCCAAAAGCAGAAGCCAUCAGCAAGGACUUACUGAAGCGCGGAUUUCGGUUUGUUGGGCCUGUGAUUGUGUAUUCAUUCAUGCAAGCAGCAGGUUUGACGAUUGAUCAUCUGGUUGAUUGUUUCCGGUACAGUGAAUGUGUAGGCCUUGCUGAAAGACCUUGGAGGCACAUUUAACAUCUUUACUAACUCAAUUUGAGUCCCUUUUUCUCUCUUUUUUGUUGUACUGAAGAACACCUAAGCUCUUGAAUUGAUGUAAUAGUCAUAAAAGGGGCCGCCAUAAAAAUAGCUAGUAACUGUUGUGCAUAUUAAGUGAAAUAGAAGCCUUGGAUUGCUAUAAUUAAGUCCGGUAGAUGAAUGUGAAUUUAGGAUUAAUUUCUUGGCAACUAAAUACCAAAUA